AUGCAAUUUUCAAGAAACUCAAUCCUUAGACAACUAAGCAGAAAAGAAGGUUGGAGGUCGGCUUCUAGAAGGUGGACUUCCGGAGAUAGCUCAACGGCCUUCGCCGACGACACAAGCGGUGGUGCUGGCGGUUACUCUUCAAUGGAGGGCCUGUAUGGGGUUUAUUCCGGUGAAGAUCCGGCGGCGAGAAGGAAAAGAGUGAUGGUUGUGGUGGAUGAGACUUCAAGGUCCAAACAUGCUAUGAUGUGGGCUUUGACGCACUUGACUAACAAAGGAGACUUGAUGACUCUUCUUCAUGUUGUGUCUCCUCAUGAUGAAGCUUCUUCUUCUUUGGUUCAGUCACUUGGUUCACUUUGCAAAGCUUGUAAACCCGAGGUGGAUGUGGAGGCGUUGGUGAUUCAAGGACCAAAGUUAGCAACUGUACUCAGCCAAGUGAAGAAACUUGAAGUCACUGUUCUUGUUUUGGGUCAGAAGAAAUCUGCACCAUUCAUCUCCUGCUUAUGUGGACCCAGUAGAUCAGAGGAGCUCGUGAAUCGAUGUAUCAAUGGUGCAGAUUGUUUGACGAUUGGUGUGAGGAAACAAAGCAACGGUGUUAGUGGCUACCUGAUUAACACACGAUGGCAGAAGAACUUCUGGCUUCUGGCCUAA